AUGCAUUUCAGGAACCCAACUUCUAGAAGCAACAAGUUCAAGAUGUUGAGAGGUGAGGGAAGCCAAGCAGCUAUGGGGAGAAAGCAAAGGGCAGAGAAAGCAAGAAGAAUGAGAGAAAGGAUGUCCAUAGAUGAAGGUUUGGAGUAUGUGAGAUCGAGGAAAGAAAGGAACCAGCAGAUGGAAGAGUUUGAUGCAGAGAGGCAUGUCUCCUCUGAGGAGCGGUCUGAGAGUGAGAGGUUGAGGGAGGAAAGGAGAACCAAGAAGAGAAAUGACCCAAUUAGUAGUGAGAGUGAGCAAGGGGAGUUUGAGAUUGGAGUGAACCUUGUUCAAGAGGAGGGUAAUGGCUCUCCAAGUGAAGAAGGAAGUGAUGAGACUGAGAGUGAAGAGGAAGGAGAAGAGGUCAAUCAAGAGAUUGAGGGAAGUGUUCAUGAGAGCAAUGAGAAUGUGCCAAUGGAGGAGGCUGAAUCAGAGGAACAGAUGAACUCCCCAUGUACCAAGAGCACUACAAUGCCCUCUUCUCCAUGGACUUUAUGGAUACCAAGUACCCACAUGUUGACACAAUGA